AUGAAUGUUCCUCUCUACCUUCUGACCGUCGCUUACUUGGUUUUCGCCGCCGCCAGAGCUCAGCACGUCUCCCUGGAGCGCCAACUUCUGGAGGAGAAGAUCCGCUCGGGACGCAGGACUUGCAGGCUCUACUGUCGGGUUGGCAUCGGCUUUCACCUCCAGAUUCAUCCGGACGGCAGAGUGAACGGCAGCCAUGAGCCCAACCUGCUAAGUAAGUCGCUCUUCCCUCUGUGUCCCGGUGCACCGAGCAGCUUCACUGCUAAAUCAUAAAACGUCUGACGCGCACGUGAGUGCAGCGCGCCCCGCUGAGAGCGCGCACUGGGAUCUGCAGUCCUGCGUCUGUUCCGAUUAAUCCUCGGCUGUUCGUAACAGUAUCCACUUUAAAUAUAUGGCAUCAAUGAUUUAGACAAGAUGGUUGUCAGUCUCGUGCUCCUAAACUUAGGCAGCUGACCCUAUGAGCCUCGUGCGCAGCGGCCAUCUGCUGAUGGGCCUGUUUGUGUCUGUGGAUGUUGGCAGGUAGACUAUUUGUGGAAGUAACAGGUGCAGCGGUGAGGAUGUGUGGGAUUCCUGAUCAGCAGGAUUGUCAUCGCAACGAUCCAGCUCCAAACAGUGAAACUCUGAUAAUUAGUCAUGUUUAAUCACCUUAAGUCAACUACACUGAGAAAAUACUACAUUUUUAGAUAAAAAAAAACAAACAAACUGUUGCUAGGUAUUACAUUGUUUCCGUGCAUUGUGCAAAUAAAGUCAAUGAAAGGAAAUCUAAUUUUUUUCUCAUUUUUCUCAGUUACAGAGAGCUGGUAUAGUGAUGGUUAUGUUGCUUUAAAGACAAGGUUUUUCUCCUGGGUCUAAUUUGUUGGAUCUAAAGACGUAAUUCGCAACAGCCAAAAAGGGAAACAUGCAAAAUAGUUAAAAAUAAAGCAGAUAUAAGCUGAUAAUGAUUGACCUUAUCUGUAUGUGGAGAUCAAUAAGUAAAAGUUUGAAAAACUCAAAGUGAUUACUAAAUGGGGAAAAGUUGAGACUCGUGUUUAAAAUCCAAACUCAUGAACUUAAAAGAUUAUUUACAAAUUGUUUCAGCAUUAUGAGGCUAUCACAGGAUGUGAGGAAAAGUAGGAGUUCACUCUGAAGGUCGUUACACACCAGUGAAUAAGGGAAGGGAAUUAGCAAAGUGAAUAAUUUGCUUUUUUUUAAGAACUCAUAAGUCCACGCAAGCUUUUACAUCGGCUACAAACUUCUGCAGAGUGAAAAAGCAACUGUAUUGGAUGUACCCAGGCACUUUGAUUCUUCUUUUUUUCUUUCUGUUAUUUAAUAGGCUUACAACCAUGACCAGGUCAAGAUCACUUAUGGGUGUAGUCGCCAUUGUUUCUCCUUCUCUCUCCCCCUCUGUUCUCCUGUGAUGUAUUUUAUAUGCAAAUUUUAUUUGCAUUGCACCAGGUGUGUAUAGGAAAAGGCAUAAGUCGAAUAUUUUGCAGAGAAUAACAGAGACAACAAAUAACAAAUAACAGAGAGGGUCUGGGAUCUUUAAAGGACUGAUCAGCUGCACCUGUCUCCUUCAGGCCAGAGGACUGAUGUCAGAAACCAGACCUUCCGUUUUUGCAGCAGAAUGUGAUCCUGCAUUGCACCUCUGAUGGCGACACAGUCAGAUCUCAGCAUGAAAGUGCAUCCAUUUCAUGGGCCGCCUCAGAAGAGUUGUCAGGUUACAUGGACUUCAAGACGACAGCCAUGUGCUAUCAGUAACUACAGGAUGGCACAGAGACGAGGCUGAGGACUGUAACCUGAAGGCUCUUUUACUAUCGGGACAUGUUUUAUUCUUCACAGCAACAAUAAGGAAAGUGGUAGUAAUAAAAGUAGAAAAAUGUACAUGUGCUAAUGGAGAUAUCAGUUGGACAAUCCUGUCUAACAUUAGAAGUGUCUCACCGUGUGUCAUCUUAGUGAACAAAGCAGACCAGUUUUUGGAGUUUGUAAGUAAAAUCUUGUCCCAUUCUUGCAUGAUAGAGCUGCUCAAGAGUUCAGGGUCUCCCUGGUCCUGUUUUUGGUGUCAUAAUGCUCCAAGUGUUUUCAAUGGGGGACAAGCCAGGACUGCAGGCAGUCCAGUUUUUCAGCAGGACUCUUCUCCUACAGAUCCAUGCUGUUGUAAUCCCUGUUGUCAGAAUGUGGUUUGACAUUGUCCUCCUGAAAUAUGAAGGUCUUCCCUGAAAAGCUCAUUGUCUGGAUGGCAGAAGAUGUUGCUCCCAAACCUGUAGAUAUAGUACAGCAUUAAUGGAGCCUUCACAGAUGUGGAAGAUACCCAUAACAUGGACUCUGAUGAUCCCCAUACCAUCAGGGAUGCUGGAUUUGGACUGGGAGCUGAGAAAAACAGGUGGUCCCUCUACUCUUUAGAGUAGAGAAUGCAGUGUCAAUGAUUUGCAAGAGCUGACAAAAGAGUAGAACAUAUCUGACUCAGUUAUCUGCCCCGACGAUGAGCGAGACACAGAAACUGACAGCAGGAGUUAAAAUACUCUCGGUUAUUCUUCAUCAGAGUGUGUUGUUUGUCUUCACAGGUGUCUUGGAGCUCUUUGCCCUUUCUCAGGGGGUCAUCGGCAUCAAAGGGGUCUACAGUAACAGAUUCCUCGCCAUGAAUAAAAGAGGACGCCUCCACGCAACUGUAAGUGUCACACUUCUCACACUGUGCUCUUAAAUUCACUUUGAGUGCACACAUGACGGUGACUGUGCUUAACUUACAACUCUGAAAAACAACUGUUGACUGCAGCCACUGAGCUGAGUGUGUGAACUAUAAGCUUUCAUUAAUCAAUCCAUUUAUUUAUUUAAUCAUAUAUUGAUUAAAUUUUUUUAAAGUUUUUUUUUUUACUUUUAUUGAUAGGACAGGUUGGAAGGAUGGGAAGAUAGUGAGGGGGGGGACUUGCAGCACAUGGUUGGGGCUGGACAUGAACCCGCAACCGCUGCGGGGACCAUGGUCCUCAGGGUAGGGCCCACUAACCUGCUUGGACAUCUGCGUGCCCCCAGUUAAUCCAUUUAUAGAACAUAAAAAGAAAUCUAUCAGACUAACAUCCUGAUGUGCUGCCACUUUUUAUGCAGCUGCAAAUUUUCAGGCAGAACUCAGUAGUUGAUGCAUUCGUGCUAAAACUGCAGUUCCCCAAGUGUCCACUAGAGGUUGUGUCCUGAAGUGGGUCAGUCCCCAUAGAGCCCUAUGUUAAAACUUUACAGCAGAACUAAACAUGUUUACAGCGUGUUAUGAUCUAUGUAGCUCAUUUCUCUGUUCAAGACACAAGUAAAGGUCCUUACACACCAGGAGCGUUUUUUUUUUUUUUUGUGUGUGAUUAUUUGGGAUGUCAAUUUUUUUUUUUGAACCAGUAUCCUGUCAAUACAAGCAUUCACAUCAGCGAUGUUUUCCUGUCCUGUGAUAUUGCGGCAUUUAUAUUUUUUAAUUCUCUAAAGUUUCGUUUACUGUGUGUCCACUUCUGAUCAAUCAGAUUUCGUGUUGUUGCGACGUCAGAUUCACCGGUAUAUCCAACAUGGCUGACCAGCUGAUUGUUUACGUGUCAGAGAACAGAGUGCUUUUUGAUAAAAAAAACACAAAUAUUACAAAGGUAACCACCUGAAGGACAACUUGUGGAGAGUCAUAGAUCUCUCAUAUGAUGAUAGUUUGUGUGCUUUAACAGUUUGCUGAACGUCUUUGUUUUAACUUUCUUCUGUGCUAAGUAACUUUAGCUCGUAAGCUAACCUGUUCAGAUACAAUAUACCAUAUGAAUUUUUACUGUCUCAAACUCAAUCGUGUUGCUGUCACAGCACCAUUAAGUCUUGGUUGUUACCUUACGUUUAUGGAUUAUAGUUUAAUGUACUUAUUUGGCCCCCGCAAAGUCGCAAAAUUGCAUUGUGCUUGUGUAUUGUCAGGCAUGUCGACAUUCGCCUCUGAAUAUUUCGUAAUUUCGCGUCGUAUACUUGUGUUGUUCCCGGUGUAUAAGGACCAUAAGAAUUAAAGGGGUGGCUGAACGUGGGCGUGGCCUCUAAGGAAAGGGUGGGAGCUGCUAUACCUGUCUGCUGGAUGUUACGCAGCCAACUUGGUCCCUGAGCUGUUGGAGGUUGCUCCAUCUGUCUGUCUGUCUAUCUGCGCUUUACUGGACCAACAGACUGUCCGUGACAUCCAUCACACAGCUUUUACUUGAGCUGGUUGAUGGCGGCCUGUGGGAUGGAGUCCACACUGUUGUUGAUUUUUCUGCAGAGGUGAUUGUCCACUGUACUGCUGAUGAUAGAGGACAUUAUGGUGUGUCUAUCUAUAAACAUGGGGCAAACAUUCAAUAACAGCCUCCCUCUACAAUGGCAGCUUCUCAAUGGGUCCUUAUAUCAGGUCAGUGUCAGAACUCUGAAGAACUUCUUGGCCCAAAGUUGAAGACAAUCUUUCAGACAGUUUUCUUUAGAUCUAAAACACAUUGAUCUUAGGAAACAUCUCACCAAUACUACCAAACAAAUCCUGUAAAUCUUUGUGUGACUUGCUUUGCCUCCAUCCUAACUACACACUGCAGCUAUAUUUGUUUUAUUAGUUUUUGCAGCUUUGCAUUAGGGCUGCAUGACAAAAUCCCAUAAAUCUGACAGCAGCAUGUCACAGCACACUGCUGCAAUCUUUAGCUGUGGCUUCCAAGACUUGUAAAUCCCCCUAAACAGACAGAAAUCUGCCCACAGCAGCUCGUACCCUCUGCCGUCAGCGGACCGGACGGUCGGCCUGCAGCCGGCCAGCCGGGCUGACGGCUCAUCUAAGGGAGCGCUGGCAGACAAACAGAUAGAAGCAGCUUCCCAUUAGCAUGUGUUAAUGGAAAGAGCAGAUUAAGUCGCGUCUGGGCCGGCUGAUAGUGCACAGAGGAGGGAGAUCAAUAUGUGGAGUGAAAAAUCAGCCAGAGAGAUGGAGAGACUGUGAGCUGCUGUGUGCAGGAGCGCUGAGUCGUGGAGAUUUAUGCCCCCUCAGCUCAGAGGAUUGUUCAUAAAACUCGGUCAGCAGGGGAGUGAUGUGGCGUCUUUACUCAAAGUGCAAACCAUGCCACAGUCAGUCAGAAACCCUACUAAUGCCACUGUGCAGCAACAGAAACAUAUUCUGUCUAUCCCUCUUACAGAAAGACAGAAGCAAAAUUACAAACUUCCUCAGGGUCACAACAUCCCGAACAGAGCCAAACUUUGACGCCAUGGAUAACAGGAGAAAACAAUGCUGCAAAGAUAAACAGCAUGCCGAGUCAAAGUAGUUUGUCAUGCAUAGCCCCCCUCUGACUCAGAAGGUUUGUGUGCCGCCUGGUCAAACAUGGCAUCCACUCCAAACUGGUGAAAAAUCCCAAAUUUAAAUCCAACUAUACAUCUUCACUUCCUCUGCAGUGACUCAGAUUACCUGAUGUCUGUGGUUUACACUUGUGUUGGCUGCUUUUACACUCAUAUAAAGCUCAAUGCAGCUGGAUGGGUGUUACUUUUUCACAGUUUUGUUGUCUCAAAUUUAAGUCUGCAGCAACAAAGGGAGUACAAUCAUUCCUCUGUUUUUAAGCUAGCAGGUCCUUUUGUCUGAUAAAGUCUCACACUCUUCUCAUUUUUGCAGUUUUACUUCUUUCUUGCUUUAUUCUAAAUUCGUCAGUUUAAUUUACAGAUCUUGAUUCUAAAUCAGUUUAAUAUACAGAUCUUGAUACUAAAUCAGUUGACUUUGCUGAUUGUGUUCUGAAUUUGUUUAUUUUGCAGUUAUUCCAAGUUUGAUAUUUUUUUCUCUGCAGAACUUCUCACUGUAGAAUCCUCGCUCUCUCAGAGUCUGGAUCUUGGGCUCUAGCCGAUGACUUCAGAGCUUAUUCUGCCUCCUCUCUCAGCUCUGCCUCUCAGAAAUAUUUGUUCAGUUAAAACUCCAAUCUGUGGCUGCAGCUGCACUCUGUUGUUUAACCACCGUGAUGAUUUGGUGGGAUGUAAACGUCGGGGGCUAGUGCAGGCUCGGGCUUCUCAUCGGGUGUCAUGUGACUCUCUAAACCUUCUCCUGUUUCUUCGUCUGUCAUCUUGAAUAUUCAAAUGUUUUCACUGGUUAGAUUUAUUGGCUAAAUAACAGACGAGGAGACCGAUGCAUGCCGCACUGCUCGACCCGCUCAGCAGGUCAUUACAAACAGACUCUACUGGAAGGUCAAAGGUCGCCUGCAUGUGCUGCACGUACAAAGUGAGAGGAUAAAAGGGAGUUGGGUAGAGACAAUCAUAUACCUGAGAAUAUAUGAAUCUGUUUUCUGGGUAAAUGUCUCCAUGGCAAAUAGGAUCUGACUCUGUUACUGACAACAGACUCUCUGAGGUUUAUUGGGACCCCAUAUUGUUAUUUAAACAUGCAUGUUUGUUAGAUACAUGUCAUUAUAUCAGAUCAUUAAGUUCCAAAGUGAAAGCUUCAAAGUGAAAAGCUGAAAAAAGUCCAUUAGUGUUUCUGUUUUUACAAACAUUUCUCAAUAAAUACACUUCUGGAUUUUCUGACUCCUGACACACAACCUUCACCCUCAAUACCAGACUGAUUUCCACUCUAAGUCGUCCUCAGUACAACUGGUCAGCCAAUAUAUAUGUCCAAAACUUUGAUGUGUCUCUUUGGUACGGUAUGGUAUGGUAUGGUCUUUAUUGUCAUUGCAACUGUGCACAACGAAAUUGCAUUUACAGAUAGGGAAAGUACACACAAGAGGGAGGGAGAGGAGGAGGUAAAAAAAAAAGAGACUGCUCUCAUUAAUAUGAGUGCAGUGACAAAAAAAACCCUCAGCAACCCUCUUUACAAAUGACACCAGUUUAAAAUGUACCAAUGAGGAAAUGGGAUAUUACAAAAUGUUUCAUUCAACACAAUCUGCAAAAAUAUAAAAAAAUAAAAACAUCUCAAGACAUACCCAAAAAAUUCCUGACCCUCAAAAAUAUCUCACAUGAUGGGUAUAUUACUCAGAGAGAGGCAAGGUUUCAAUAACCCAAAACAUGCAAAACAGAAAAAAUAAUUGAAUGAAACAGAGAAAAUGAUUUAUAAAAAAUUUUGUGUGAAAAUAUUUAAUGCAACACUAAAACAUCUGCAAAAUUACAAAAAAGAUUUCAAUUACAGCAAAACUUAAGUAACAUGGAAAUAUUUCAGUUUCUUUGAAGAAACAUAAACGUUAAAACUUUUCACAUAACAUAAAUUUCAAAAUUAAAUAUAAAAAUGUUAUCUAAUGUAAACAAUGCAGAGAAAAAAUUUAAACGUUUUAAACUCAUUAAAAUGUCUUUAUUGAAAUGAAAUGUAACAUUUCUGGUAACAUUUUUGCACUCACUCUAAAUAUUUUAAAAGCAUUAAUAACCUUUUUUCCUUUUUUUUAUUGUACUGGUUAGUUUUUUGGACUUUUGUGCUUUUGAAGAAGUUGGAUACAGAUCCGGCCUCCGCAGUUUGUUCUUAUGAAAAACGGUGAAUCUGGUCCUGGUUUAGUUUGUAGUCUUAGAUUUGAACUGGAUUUAAUCUGGUGUGUUUUUCCAUCUCUCCAGUAACAGUAGGAAUAAAAAGGACAUGUAAAGGUGAUCUUGGUGGAAAGAAGAUAAAGUCAGUCACCAGUAAGUUUCCAGCUCAGGCCCUGAAGCAGCUCUCCCCAAGGAUCCAGGGAGAGGUCCAUUGAAGGAGUGUGACCAAUGCAGCAGGGCAAAGCUGGGCUAGACAGCUGUACAAGCAUUAUGAUUUGAACCAUCAGGUCUGUGGACUUAGACUGCAGCCAGAAUGGCCUCAAACACAGGGGGAGCAGCUCCGUCCUGCUAACAGUGUGUGUAUGUGGGUGUGUAAGGGCACGUUUAGACCUGCUUCAGUGGACUUGUUUCCUAAAAUGUAUCUCUGACUGUGACCUGAGCCAGUCUGUUUCUGUGUGUGUUCUUCUGUUUAGUGUGUGUGUGUGUGUGUGUGUGUGUGUGUGUGUGUGCGCACGCACACACUCAGACCUGCCUCAGACCCGGAGGUCUGAUUGUUUUACAGAGACCAGUUAAGAGGAGCAAUCAGUCUUUCUGAGUAACUUUUAGCGCAGGGCGCUCUCUCCUGUGACUGGCAUGUUUACCGAAUGCUGUAAUGGCAUAAUUUUCUGCCAUGCUUCACUCUGCAGCAAAGCAGAACAGUUUGUUUUAUUUCAGAUGACACAAGGUUAUACAAGGAAGCCAGUCUGCAGCCGGAGAGCACGACUCACUGAGUGCACGGCAGAGGUUCCCACCAGGAUAUUUAUAGGUUCACAACAGAAACAUGUCAAGGGAGACCUAUAAUACUCAUUUAAGCUUUCAUUUUGUUGGUAUGAGACACAUAUAGGGCUGCUCUACAUGACCUACAGCCCCCAAAUCUCCUCAUCUAUCUUCCAACAGAGUCUGUGGAAACCCUAAUUUCAGCCUCUGCAUGUGAUGCUUCAUUUUGCUGCUUUUACUCUGACAGAAAAGUGGACAUAGCUUGGGGGUGGUACCUUUUACACAGAUCUGUGGUCACAAACUCAAAGAUCUGCCUUUACAGGUAAGCUGUGAUGUGUUUAAACCAGGGUGAUUGAAAUAAAUCAUAUAUUCAUAAAGAAUAAUUCCUGUCUAUUUGAAGACCUGGACAGCUCCAGACAAGACCUAUUUCUUUCAAAUAUUGUUGACAAAUUUGUCUAAAUCUGUGUUGGUGAACACCUCCCUUUUACUGAGAUAAUCCAUCCACUUAACAGGUGUGGCAUAUCAUGAUGCUGAUUAGACAGCAUGAUUAUUGCACACGUGUGCUUCAGACUAACCACAGUGGAAGACCACUCUAUAAGGUGCAGUUUUACUGUAUUGGGGGCAUCCAGGGGGGUUAGAUAACCAGUCAGUAUCUGGCAAACAAUAAACAAUUACACUCUUUGAAAACCUCCUUUUAAAGUGGCCUAAAACUUGGGUUCUAAGGAGGACAGAGGACCAAACUCAGUAAAAUAAAACUGUGUUUCAAAAAUAUCUUCAUACAUGUGGACUGAAUCUAAACUGUUACGCAUUUCAUUUUAUAUGAGCUGGACAGGGGAGACCACAGACUUAAUAAAACAUGGGCGUAGUCUCAAUGGUUUUUGAGCUCAGCCACACCCCUGGGUAUGGAAGUUCUGGAUUAAACCUGAAUCUGAUCUGAACUCAUUGUGAAAUUAAUUCAGUUUAAUUCAAGUUUCUGCAAAGGUCUCAAAUAUCUGGGGAAAGUUUCUGAAGUAAAACAAAUAUCAUGAUGUUUAAACUGAAUCCAUGCAGUCACCAAAUACACUAUCUUUGAUUAAAUGUAUAGCCAAAGGGGUGCCAAACAUCUAUGUUUGAGGACCUGCACAAACCUGGUGCCCUGGACCAGCUCACCCAUGUCUAGGCUCCCUCUUUGACAUCUCAGAACUGAACAUUAGAAAUAAAGUGGUCCUUUAAUUCGGCAGCAUCCUUCACCACAAUGUUGAUCCCUUAAAUAAUGCCUGUGAAUUGAUUUCCAGUCAGCUGUCUACUCAAUCAAAGACCUGGAUAAGUAAGGCCUGCUGACACAUCAGUGGUUUCUGUCUUUUGUAGGAGCGGUUCUCAGAUGACUGUAAGUUCAGGGAGCGUUUCCAGGAGAACAGCUACAACACAUACACCUCAGUCAUCCACAGGAACCACAGGACAGGUCGAGAGUGGUUCGUGGCCCUCAACAAGAGAGGGAAAGCCAAAAUGGGCUCCAGUCCGAGGGUCAAAUCCCAGCACGUCUCCACCCACUUUCUUCCCCGGGUUGGCCUGCAUGACAAUCGAGAGCGAGGCUUCACAAUCACAGACCGAAGCAAAGAGAGGAGGAAAGCCCCAACCCCUGCCCAGCCAAAACCUCUGAACAAGGGUAACGUCCACGCAGGGACAGCACUGAGUCAAAGACAGGUCAAGUACUGGCCCAAAUACCGGUUUGGAUAG